AUGUCUAGCCGCAAGAGAAAGCAAGAAGACGAGGAGGACGAGCUCGUCUCUCUCCCCGAAGACUCUGAUGGCGAAGAAGAACCCGAAUACAUUUCCUCCGAGGACGGUGAGGACUACGACGACGAAGAGGAGGAGGAAGAUGCCGAGGCCGAAGGCGACGAGGACGCCGAAGAGGAUGCCGACGGUCAGGAUGACGAUGCGCCGCCUGUAAAGAAGCGCAAGACGGCACCUGCCGGCGAUGAGGAGGAGGAAGAGCCCGAGGCCGAGGCUGAAGAGGAAGAGGACGAGGACGAGGAUGCCGACGAUGCCAAGCCUACCAAGGCCACCAACGGCAAUGCCGACAAGGCCGCCGUCAAGGACGUCGAUGCGCCCGCCGCCGAGGACAAGACGGCCGCCGUCGCUGCUGAUGGCGACGACGACGACGAAGAGUAA